AUGGCGCCCAAACUCAAGACACCGAGCCUGCCUCCUCUCACGAUAUCGAAGAGUCGCGACUCGAGCCCAGAGCUAGGCAGCCCUUCCAAGAUCACGCAGUACAACCAGAAGACAGGCCGUCCGGUUCGAAAGAGCGCAGGCAAGAUUCAGAAAGUGGCAGGCUACGUCGAUUUCGAAGACGCCGACUUUGACGCCUUGACCGAGAGUGAGUUGAGCGACGAGGAAGAAGAGGAUGAUAUGGACCCGCGCAGCCGUUCAGACAAGAAGAAGAAGGGCGCACUGAAGCGCAAGCGCAGUCCUUCACCCCCGUCUCCGCGUCUAGAGCCCGUUGUCUACCGCCAGGAGCUCGAUGACCUCACCGACAAUGAGGAUGCCGGCGCCUUUCAUCGGAGUGCUCCGAAGAAGCCGCCCAUGACCUUGCAGUUCAACGUCCCGCUAGGCUUUCAUGGUCCACUCUUCGUCAAGCUCGACAGCACCAUCCUACAGACCAACGAGCAGGGCAAACUACAUGAGAUGCAGCCAGGCAAAUCGAACAAGUCCCGUGUUACAGGUCCGCAGCCAGCCGGAAAGUCCGCGGUACACAGCGUAGGCUUCACGGAUCUGCCGCCCGAGCUAAGGAACACUAUCUAUCGGUACAUCUUCGCUCGCAAGGACAAGACCUCGAAGCUCAGGAUUCCGAUGACGGUCAACGAUCCCAAGGAAAGCCUGACCAAGUCUGGUCAAUUCCUCAGGACCUGUAAGCUGGUGCAUAACGAAGGCUGUUCGAUCUUAUACGGCGAGAACACAUUCUCCUUCCACCGGCACUACGAUACUCGAGGACCUUACUGGGAGCCAGUACCCAAGGAGAUUGGUUAUCAGGACGUACUGCAUUUCCUGAGAAUGAUCGGCCCCGAGAACAUUCAAUACCUUCGCGAUGUCAAAUUCGUCUUCGAUGACGCACGCCCAAAGGACACACCCUAUGUCCGCUCCAACGAGGAGCGCCGUUAUCUGAACGACGACUACCUGGCGAACUGCCUCCGCAUCCUCCGCAACGCCAAGCUCCGCAAGGUCACAAUGUACUUUGGCGGACGUCGGCAACUGGGCCGUACCGAUGUCAGGUUCUUGGGCUACCUGGAGCAGAUCAAGGCCGACGAAGUGGUGCGGGAGCCCGAGAAGUACCAUCAUGGUGCCGAUAGGUUCAUGAGCAGAAUGGCCUGGCAUGACCUGAAGGAAGCGAUGGUGCGAAAGGACAAGCUCUACGUGAAGGAGUAG